CUAGAGGAUUUGAUUCUCGUCCCUCUGACGUCUUUCCUUACUUGAGCUCGGUGGGUCGACACGAUCAUAUCGAAGCGGAACUUCUGCGGAUGUUUCUCUACAGUCACAUUAGGUAUCAGAAACUCCUCAUGCAGAAGAACCAUAAGAAGGUCCUUCAGAAUGACAUCACUGUAAUCACAUCAAGGAUUUCUGGGUUUUGUGCACCAGAAACUUUGGAAAAACCACAAACUGCAAGGGUUUAAUGUUUCAUUCUCUGCAUUUUUUGGUAAUAUUUCAGAACAUUUUCAGACUGAUCCGUAUCUUGUGGUGAUCCUUCACGUUGCCCCAGAUGAGUUUUUGUGGCCGUCUCGCAUGUUGUGCCAUCUGGCUCUUCGCUGUUCAGAGCAUGAGCUGCUGGGCACUGAAGUCUGCUGACACGACCCCUGAUCGACCCCAUAAAGACCCCAAACAUUCACAGGAUGCCCUGCAAAGACAGAAACGUAACUGGGUUUGGAAUCAGUUCUUUGUGCUUGAGGAAUACACCGGGACCGACCCGCUGUAUGUGGGCAAGCUGCAUUCAGAUGUGGAUAAGGGUGAUGGAAAUGUCAGGUACGUGUUGACUGGGGAGGGAGCAUCUUCAAUCUUCACUAUCGAUGAGAAUACAGGGGACAUCCAUGCCACCAAACGUCUGGACAGAGAGGAACAGGGUUUUUACACCCUGCGUGCUCAAGCGGUGGACCGCGGAACCAACCUUCCGGUGGAGGACGAGUCUGAAUUUAUUGUGAAGGUCCAGGACAUCAAUGACAAUGAGCCUAAGUUUCUGGAUGGGCCGUACGUCUCAGGAGUCCCCGAAAUGUCUCCUCUUGGCACCACGGUGGUUCAGGUGACAGCGACUGAUGCAGACGACCCCACUUAUGGCAACAGCGCCAGAGUUGUGUACAGCAUCAUACAUGGACACCCUUACUUCUCUGUGGAGCCCAAGACAGGCAUUAUACGGACAGCCCUGCCCAACAUGGACAGAGAGACGCGUGACCAGUACGUUCUGAUCAUUCAGGCCAAGGACAUGGUGGGUCAGAUGGGAGGACUGUCGGGCAGCACCUCUGUGACGGUCACACUCACUGAUGUCAAUGAUAACCCUCCACGCUUCUCUCGCAAAUUGUAUCAGUACUCAGUGCUGGAAUCUUUGCCGGUGUCAUCAGUGGUGGCCAAACUGAAAGCCGCAGAUGCUGAUAUCGGCUCCAAUGCAGAGAUGGACUACCGCAUAAUAGAUGGAGAUGCACCCGGUGUGUUCAACGUUACCACAGACGAGGAGACACAAGAGGGAAUCAUCUUUCUACAGAGGACUUUGGACUAUGAAACUAAACGUAGUUUUUCUCUGAAGAUUGAAGCCACUAAUCGGAAUAUUGACCCUCAAUUUCUGACCUUUGGCCCCUUCAGUGAUACAACGGUUGUAAAGGUCAUUGUAGAAGAUGUAAAUGAGCCACCUGUCUUCUCAGCCCUGAUCAGUAAGAUGGUGGUGUCGGAGGCGGCGAAGGUUGGCACUGUCAUUGGAACGGUUUCAGCCCGUGAUCCAGACUCGUCCAGCAGUGCCAUCAGGUACUCCAUAGACCGUAAUACGGACCUGGAGCGGUUCUUCAAUGUGGAUGCCCUGUCUGGUGUCAUCAGCACAGCCAAACCUCUAGACAGGGAAAUCAACUCUGUCCACAAUAUCACCAUAUUUGCCACUGAGAACCAGGACCCAUCUCUGGUCGGCAGAGGAAUCGCUCUGAUCACAGUCAUGGACAUUAAUGACAACGCUCCAGUGUUUGCUAUUGAGUACGAGACGCUCCUCUGUGAAAAUGCUGCACCUGGACAGGUAAUUCAGACGAUCAGUGCUGUGGAUAAAGACGAGCCUCCCAGCAGCCAUCCAUUCUAUUUCUCUCUCGCUUUCUCUGCUGCCAAUAAUAACAACUUCACCCUCAGAGAUAAUAAAGAUAACACCGCAUCAGUGCUGACCAAGCGUGCUGGUUUUCGGCGACAAGAGCAAUCACUGUACCUGUUACCAGUGCUGAUUGUGGACAGUGGCAGUCCAGCCUUGAGCAGCACUAACACGCUUUCCGUGCGGGUGUGUGACUGUGAUAUGGAUGGGGUUCCUCGGGCGUGUGGUGCUGUGGCCUUCUCCCUCCCCGCAGGUCUCAGCACUGGAGCUCUGCUUUCUGUACUGGGCUGCAUCAUCAUACUGCUGGUUUUGAUGCUGCUGAUCGUGGCAAUGCAACGCAGACGAAAAGUGCCUCUUUUCCUUGAGGACGAGCGUGAUGUGCGGGAGAACAUUGUUCAGUAUGAUGAUGAAGGAGGAGGUGAAGAAGAUACAGAAGCUUUCGAUAUGGCUGCACUGCGUAAUCUCAAAGUUAUAUGUGAUUCAAAGGUCCAAAAUGUCACUCCAGAAACAUCCUCUGUCAACCCAUACUCAGCUUCAGCUAGGACAUCUUACAAAACACUUCCUGACAACAUUGUCUUUCAAGAGUUUAUCUGGGACAGACUGAAAGUGACUGAUGCGGAUCCCUCAGCACCACCGUACGAUUCACUGCAGACCUAUGCAUUUGAGGGAAAUGGCUCAGUGGCGGGGUCGCUAAGCUCGCUGGAAUCACCCAGUUCAGAUUCAGAGCAGAGUUAUGACUACCUCAGCAACUGUGGGCCGCGCUUCAAAAAGCUGGCAGACUUGUACGGCAAUCUUGAAGGAAGCAGUGUUUUCUCCUAGCCUUAAAGAUCAUGGUGAACUUUGGCCUAUAAACAUUCGACAACACAACAAUUAUUGUUCUACAGGUGUAAAGGCAAUGUGUAAGGUCUGUAUUUCUUUUGUUGGCUUUAACUGUUUUGUCAAAUCACUCCAAGGAAACAAAGGUGUGGUACCAGGGUUUGAUUUGGUAGGUGUACUGUAGUGUCCCUCCAAUCUGGCCACUGCCCUGCAUAGUUUAGUUUCAGCCUUAAUCAAAGAAACCUGAGCAAGUUAAUCAAGAGGUGCCUUCGAAUUCAUGCAGUGCUUGUUUAGACCGAUCUGCAUCUGACAGUAUUUGAUACGACACAACUUAAGCUGGUUUCUGGAAAAUUACAUCUAGGUGAGUUUGAUCAGGGUUUGAGUUAAACUCUGCAGGGCAAUGAUCAUCCAGGGACGGAUCUGAGGAACCUCGUGCACUGUAUAUAAGACUGUGGAUAGAAUACAUUUUGCACUUAAAAGCGUUUGUCCCAUGUCCAGAGGGUUCCAAAAGAGCAGCUAGAGUAAAAAACUGAUAGGAAAAUUGAGGAUAUAUUCAUGAUGAAGUGAUCAACAAGAACUGUAAUUUUCAGAACAGUCCAGAAACAUCUACUUUUUAUCAUUCAACUUGGUUAAAGGACAAAUAUUUUUUAACUUCAAAUAAUUAAGAGUGUUGGUGAUCUAGUUUGUUUGCUUGAAUCUUUCUAUGAAAGUCUCAAAAAAAUAAUUUUUGGAAGUUU